UAAUGUCCUCCCCUCUUUCUCUCUCACACACGGUCACACACCCACUUUAAUAUUCUCGUGGCUGCGUGAUUCUCAAACGUCUGCACACAAUAUAAACGGAUUUCACGAUUUAUUCAAUUCACAAUGGACUGUCGUGCAACAAGAGUAAAUGUGCGCUACAUGUGGAUGGCAUCAUGACAUCACGGAUCCAUUCAAAGACCACCUGAUGUACUAAAAAAAGGAGGGGAAACCAUGAGAAUCGUCGUCGGUCGGUCGCAUCCCUGACGGCUCCUCUUGGCGUGAAGAUGGCGGCUCCAGCACCGAGCAGCCGCACCGGAUCCGUUAGCAGCAGUCUGGGAAACAGUCCGACCGCGACACCGGGACCGGGCGGCUUAAAUAACGGCCACAAGCUGUGGUGCUGCCACGAGCUGGACUUCAGGUCCGGGGUGAAGAUAGAGGAGCUCAACAGACUCAUCCAUGAAUUCAGUAAACAAGACCAGCGAGAGUACGAUGACCAGAGGGCGCUGGAAAUACACACCGCCAAGGAUUUCAUCUUCUCCAUGCUCGGCAUGGUGCAAAAACUGGACCAAAAGUUGCCUGUUGCAAACGAGUACCUACUGCUGUCCGGUGGAGUUCGAGAAGGUGUGGUGGACAUGGACGUGGAUGAGCUUGGCGUUUACACCCGAGGCUCUGACUAUGACAUGGCCUUCACGUUGCUGGUUCCUGCACUGAAGCUCCACGACCGGAACCAGCCUGUCACGCUGGACAUGCGGCACUCGGCACUCGGGCACUCUUGGCUCAGCUUGCGACUUUUCGACGAGGGAACAAUCAACCGUUGGCGGGACUGCUGCACCCUGACUGACCAUUUGAACGGUACCACCAACUACUUCUUCUCGCCGACAAUGGUUGCUGAUUGGUUCCAAGAGGCUGUGGGACUGGUGCUGGCUGAAUUACAGCGCAAGCCACAAAGGGGUACCCCAAGGGUGGAAAGAGUUGAGCGUCACAGCACGCUGCUGUCCAUGGUUUUAGGAGUAGGCAGCAGUCGCAUGCUUUAUGACAUUGUUCCCGUGGUGUCGUUUAAAGGCUGGCCUGCGGUGGCUCAAAGCUGGUUGAUGGAGAACCACUUUUGGGAUGGCAAAAUAACAGAGGAGGAGGUCAUCAGCGGGUUUUAUCUUCUCCCUGCAUGCUCAGCAUCUGGUUGUCGGGAAAACGAGUGGCGUCUUUCUUUUGCCCGCAGCGAGGUGCAGUUGAAAAAAUGCAUCUCGCCAGGCCUCAUGCAAGCUUACCAGGCAUGCAAGGCUAUUGUUGUCAAACUGCUAGGCCAACCCACAGCGAUCAGUCCUUAUUACUUGCGCAGCAUGAUGUUGUGGGCGUGUGACCGACUACCUGCAACCUACUUGUCGCAGGACGACUAUGCUGCAUACUUCCUCCUAGGUCUUAUCGAUGACCUGCAGCACUGCCUUGUCAACAAAGCCUGUCCUAACUAUUUCAUCCCACAGUGCAACAUGUUGGAGCAUCUGUGCGAUGAGACGGCCAUGUUUCAUGCUCGUAAGCUAGCGCUGGUCCGAUCGGAUCCAGCCGAGCACCUGCGCUCCAUCAUCGAACAAGCCAAGGCAUCCAACAGACUGACGCAGGAGAUGCAGCGCUGCGGGAGCUCCUCGGGACUGCCCUCUCCGCUUGCAGAUUCCUCUUUGGCAGAUCACCAGCAGCCAGAUGACCGGCUGGCCAAGAAGCUACAGCAGUUGGUGACCGAGAAUCCAGGCAAGUCCAUCUCCGUGUUCAUCAACCCUGAUGACGUCACUCGACCUCACUUCCGCAUUGAUGACAAGUUUUUCUGAAAACCAAGGUUUGUUUGUCUGUAAUAGUUGAUGUGGGACACUUCCCUGAAGUUGAAGCUGUGUCUCUACAUCUGAAUACAUCAGACCAGAGAGCAUCUUCUUGAAGAAAUGAACUGCUACGGUUGUAAAGUCCGCAUGAUGCGGAAGUUGAUCAGACUAUUUUUUCAAUACGAUGACGUACUUCCUACUGAAACGGAAUGUUGAGUGGGUGGCAGGGAUUUCUCUGAGCAUCAUUCCCUUAUAGGAAACUAACGGUAAGAGGGGCUGUGGUUAAGAAAAUUGUGAGCUGAAUCUGUCAAACCGACGUCAACAGAACGAUCGCCACUAAAACGCUGAAGCAAACGGUCAGACUUUGAUUGACGAAUACCAAAACAAACAUUUGUUUUUCAAUGGAUUAACUUGCACUGAUGAAUUGUUCACCUAAAGAUUAACAAUGUGCGCUAGCAAAAUAAACAUUGUACGUUUGGAUUUAACAGGGACUAUAAGAUUGGCCUUACUGAGUGGAAUAUCACACCCAGUGUCUGAAGUUCAAAGUAUAGUGGAUUUCAUAUCAUCAUCAUGGUACAUCUGAGAUGAAGAGCUGUUUAAGAAUAGCAUAUUCUGGGCAAUGUUUUAAAUAGUGCUGUUUAUAAAAACUAGGGUUGGGUAUAGACUGAUUUUUUAAAGUGAAGUCGAGGCUGCGGUGGGAAGAAACCCGGAAAUAUCAGUGGGAGUUGCAUAGGAAUGUUGUGUACUUGGCUGUAUAUCUUAUCAGCGGAGAUAGAGUGACACAUAUAUAUUAUUCCCAGCCUUCCGAGUGACCCGAAGGUCUGUUCUGAAUGAAUUUUGAAAGUAAAAAGGGAUUUCAGAGCUCAUUUUCAGCCAAGUUAUCGGAAAUGCCGCUAGUUAGCUAACGUUUUCUUUCCCAAACACACGUUGUAGAUGCCAUUUAUCAAACUCGAGUUAAAGGUGCAGUAGGUGAUCUGCCAAAAUGCUAACCGC